UAAGAUGCUCAAAAAAUUUCAUCAAAAAAUCCCACAGGAAACCACCCCAAAUGACGACGGCCGGACAGAGCCUCCUAAAUAAGGGCUUAUUUGACCUUUUUUUGUUAGUACAUGGGCCUAUUUGCACCUUUUCCCAUCAAAAGAUGACCAAAUCGGCUUUUUUAUAGGUAUCCAACAGGUUACCCAGUAAACGCCUACGUGGACGUCCGAGCUGACAUUUUUUUUUUUUACUUUUUUCCAUUUUUUUUAUUUUUCUUUCCUUUUACCUUUUUUCCUUUCUCUUUUCCUUUUUUCUCUUUUUUUUCUCUUUCUUCAUCUGGUCCGCUCCUCUUCUGCGCGCGUCUGCAACCCCUCCAUCUCUCUGUUCCCUUCCUUCCUCUUCUGCAUCUACAACCCCUCCAUCUCUUUGUUCCCUUCCUUCGUCUGCAACUACAGAUCUAUGGAGGUAGCAGUGGUGGCUAUGGAUGUUGGGGUGGUUGGAGGUCGUCCGAUGGAAGAGGCGGAGGUGGAGACCAUGGAUGUGGAAGCAGGAAGUUGUGGGUACGGUGGUCAGGGGCUCAGGGCGGCGGCUAUGCGCGGUUGGAGGUUGCUUCAAUGGAGGAGGCGAAGGGGAAGGCCACGGAGGCGGUGGCCGGAGGCGGUGUUUACGGAGGAAGGGGCGGUUGAGGUAAAGGUGGAGGUCGUACUCCAGAGGUGGUGGCUAUGGAGGGUGGACGGCGGAGGUGGUGGCCGGAGAGGAAUGGGCGGCAGAGUUUGUUCCCGUGGGAGUGGCGGCGUAGUCGGAGUUAUGGUGGAGAGCCGGGAACUGCCGGACUGGGAGAGGAGAAGAGGGGACUGCCUUACUGGGAGAGGAGAAGAGGAUGGCCGGC